UUACUUAGGGGCAACCGAUUACGCAACAUUUCCCGGGCGACGUUCAGGAGCUUGGCAAAACUACGCAGUCUAAAUUUAGGAUCAAAUCAACUCGAAUCCAUAGAUGACGGUGCAUUUGAAGGAAUGCCAGACCUACAUGAACUGUAUUUAUACGACAACUUGAUAUCAUCCCUUCCUGCGGAUGCAUUUCAAGGACUGCUGAAACUUCAGACAUUGGAUUUAUCCUUCAACUCGAUAUCAUCCCUUCCUGCGGAUGCAUUUCAAGGACUGCCAAACCUUCAGAUAUUGUCCCUGUGGGACAACCGGUUAGGCAAUAUUCAUCGGGCAGUGUUCAGCGGGCUGACUCAACUAACAUCACUUUAUCUCGACAAUAAUCCGCUCGUCUGCGACUGCCAUCUGCGAUGGCUCAUUGUGACAGCUCAGGCCAGCGUCUCCAAUCUUACAGUAUAUGGCGCUGUGUGUAGUGAACCCGCGCACCUGAAGGGGCGUAAAUUAAGGAACGUCUUCCUAGCGGAUCUCAAGUGCAGCAUGCUCGAUACGAUUGAAAUAUUAAAGGCCCCUAAUGCCACAUACGAUGUUGAGCCCAAUAUGACGAUUGUCAUUGCCAUAGACGUCAUCACGGACCCAGACUUUCAGAACCAGAUUAGCUACAAAUGGUUCUGGUACUUGCCAGUCACCACGGCGACCGGUGACCAGAUUAUAGAGAAGCAGCCACUCCCACCCACCUCCAGCUAUGACAAGUACUUCAAGCUGUCACUGUCGGGCACGGAGCUGACCUUCACCAUACCCGACGUGAAAACACCUGUAAUGGCGGACAAUACUGCCGAGUAUGAUCUCUAUCAGGACCUCACGGAUGACAGGCUCUUCUCCAUCAAUAUCAGCCACAAGUUUGACCAUCGAGUGGUGAACUUCACUGUGAAAGGAAAGGAGCUGGACAUAAAAAACAAUAUUGAGAUAGUAAAGGCACCCAAUGCCACAUACGACGUUGAGCCCAAUAUGACGAUUGUCAUUGCCAUAGAUGUCAUCACGGACCCAGACUGGCAGAACCAGAUUAGCUACAACUGGUUCUGGUACUUGCCAAUUACCACGUCGACUGGUGACCAGAUUAUAGAGAAGCAGCCACUCCCACCCACCUCCAGCUAUGACAAGUACUUCAAGCUGUCAAUGUCGGGCAAGGAGCUGACCUUCACCAUACCCGACGUGAAAACACCUGUAAUGGCGGACAGUAUAGCCGAGUAUGAUCUCUACCAGGACCUCACGGAUGACAGGCUUUUCUCCAUCAAUAUCAGCCACAAGAUUGACCAUCGAGUGGUGAACUUCACUGUGAAAGGAAAGGAGCUGGAAAAAACAAAGGCGUCAACAUCCCAAGCGCAUGUGUACAUCGGAAUUGGGCUCGGUGCCGUUGUGUUAGUUGUCACAGCAGCAGUUAUGAUCUUCAUAAGACAGAAACGAAGGAGGCAUAACACCCCCAGCUCUCCGAUGGCAGACCCCGCACUAACUCCGAUAGAUGCAGGAAGAGGAAAUCAAGCACGGACAGAGAGUAUUCAGAUGGGCAGCCUUCAAUCUAACGUCCCGCAAUAAAGGAGGCCACUAGUAGCACGAUCAAUGGUAAUUAAAAGCAAUGACUGCACAGCUUUCAAGAGGAAUACCAAUACCAUUGAAACCAAAUGACUAGCCGUUACGUUAAACGAGUGUCACUUGUAACAUGACACCAGUUCCAACAGAGCUUUCAAUGGGUUUACAUGCCUCGCUUAAAAUAAGACAAGCGAUUGUCCCUUCGCACUAAACAGAAAUGACAUCAUAUUUUUCUAUCCACAAUUAUGCAACCUUGUAAAGUGGGGAGGAAUAGUUUAUAAAAGAUAAAAAACAAUGUUACUUAGUUACAUUCGUAUAUAUAUAUACAUUAUGUAUAACAAUAACAAUACCAAAUUAAAAUUUAUUUGUGAAAAACAUGUUUAGAUUAAUUGUAUUCUCUUAAACAGGAAUCUGUUUGUAGAUGUUUGCGACUAAUUGUGUGUGUGUGAAUUAAACUUAUUUCGUUUACGCUUUCUUUCAUGAUGUGAGUUCUGUUUAUAUCAUGUUUAUGAUAUUAUGUUUACAAUGACGCUGUACAAUGUGCAUGUAUAUUGAUGUAUUUCUUACGUGUAUCGCAAUGCCAUGCGACAAAAUACUCAAAACUAUAACGAUGCGUUCAACUUACAGCCGUCACAUUUUGACUUGGUGAAUUUCUUCUUUUGAAAUAAUGCGAAUUUAACGCACUACUUUACUGAAUAAUGUAUAA